UCCCCAUCUUUACCACUGCAUCACUCUCUUCUCCCUCUCGCUCUCUUCUGAUCUUCUCUCUGGCAGCCACUUCUGGAGCUCGGCAAUGGCAGUCAAGGGGAAGGGGAAGCAGAUAGCCGGAAAGUCUCCGGCAUCCUCUGCAUCUUCUUCCGGGAAAAGAAGGCGCACUCGCGCGGACGGAGAGAGUUCCGGUGCUCCUCCUCCGAAGAAGCCAUCCGGCGUGCUCCAGUUCGUCGAUGAUACUGCCGCGGAUGCAGAUUUUGAAGGAGAGGAAGAUGAAGAUGAACUCGAUUGGGAAAUCGAUGACGAUUUUGAUUUUGAGUUGCCUGAUAUUGGUACAAAAGAGUUAAAGAAUGUGACGAGAGGACCUGGAAAGUCCAGUCCAGUCCCUUUUUUUAUCAAGGAGGAAGAGAUGAAUGAUGACGAACUUGAAGAAGCUAUCAAGGAGCGGUACGGUGGUUCAGGGUUUGUUUCAUUUGAUGAGGAUGUUAAAGAGUGUGAUCAGUCUUUAUUGGUAGCUCGUGCUACAAAAGAUCUCUCUGUUUGGCGGGUUAAAUGCAUGAUGGGGCGAGAAAGGCAAGCUGCCUUUUGCUUAAUGCAGAAAUUUGUUGACUUGCAAAAAAUUGGAAAGAAGCUGCAGAUAUUUUCAGUAUUUUCUCUUGAUCAUGUAAAAGGUUUUUUUUAUGUUGAAGCCGACAGAGCCUGCAAUGUUUUUGAGGCAUGCAACGGGUUGUGCAUUCUGUACCCAAGUAGAAUAGAGCUUGUCCCAAGGAAUGAAGCCCCUAAUUUACUUUCUAUUCAAAGGAAGGCAUGUGGGAUCGUUAAGGGUAUGUGGGUUCGAAUGAAGAAUGGAAAGUAUAAGGGUGAUCUUGCGGAGGUAGUGUUAGUGAAUGAUGCAAAGAAAAGGGUGACCAUUAAACUGGUCCCUAGAAUUGAUCUUCAAGCAAUUUCCAAAAAAUUUGGUGGGGGCACAUCUCUGAAGGCUGCUGCUAUACCAGCUCCACGACUGAUAAGCUCCCAUGAACUAGAAGACUUCAGACCUCAUAUAGAGGUUAGGCGUGAUCGUGAAACUGGGGAGAUUUUUGAGGUCCUUGAUGGCUUAAUGCUUAAAGAUGGUUACCUAUAUAAAAAGGUAUCGAUGGGUUCACUAAUUCACUGGGGUGUACAACCUACAAGUGAUGAACUUAUGAAGUUUGAGGAGUUGGAUAAAGAUGAAGUUAAAGAUGUUGACUGGCUUUCAAGUAUUUAUAAAGCACGAAUGAAAAAGAAGUUACCUGAAACAUCCCAUCAGAAGAAUGGAGAAAAAUAUAAUCAGAAGGAUGGAGAAAAAUCCAAUCCGAAGGUUGGAGAAAAAUCUAAUCAGAAGGAUGCAGAUAAACAGAUAAAUGGUUUUGAUAUAGAUGAUCUCGUGCUAUUUGGGAAGAAAAGCUGUGGCAUAAUAAUAGACAAGGAAAAUGACACCUUCAAGGUUUUGAAAGGUGACGUGAAUGGCUCUGAGGUCGUGAGUAUUAAUAUUCGAGUAAUAAAGAAAAUCUGUGUGGAUAAAGUUUUCACAGCAACAGAUCGCUGCAUGAAGACAAUAUCUAUCGAUGAUGUUGUGAAGGUUUUUGAAGGGCCUCUAGAGGGUAGAGAGGGAAUUGUUAGGCACAUGUACAAAGGUGUUCUUUUUAUAUAUGAUGAAUGCCAAAGCGAAAACAAUGGGUUCUUUUGUGCCAAUUCAGGGAUAUGUGAUCUAGUGAAGAAAUCACGGGAUCUUGGUGGUGGAAAAUUGAGUACCAGAGCAGGCCCCUCAUUUGCUCAGUCGCCAAUCAGAUUGUCCGAGCAGGAUGACAAUUCUCAAAGCUUUUCCAGAAAUCAACAAAGCAAUUCCCUUGGAACUUUCUCUGUCGGACAGACAUUGAGAAUUCGCAAAGGGCCACUAAAGGGUUAUCUUUGCCGUGUUAUUCGGAUGCGCCGUGCUGAUAUCACAGUCAAACUCGAUUCUCUUGGGAAGCUUCUUACAGUUGAUGAAAAGUUGCUAUCUUUACCAAAUUCAAAGAGGGAUGAUGCUACUGCCAUGCAAUGCAACAUGUUUGGAUCUCAAGAAGACCAAUCGACAGAUGGCUUGCUGGAUGCGGGAGGAGGAUUAGGGAUGGAUAACUUUGAGUUUAAUGCUGGGAUGUCAUCAUUUGGAAGGGAUUCCUGGAAUACAGCUUCCUGUUCUAGCUUCUCAUUUCCUAGGGAAAAUGAUAGCAAAGAUCAAAAUCAAAUAGCUGACCCGUGGGGAAGCAAACUGUCUUCUUGGAAUGGAGAUCAAGAACAAGGACCUGCAAAUAAGGGUGAAGCACCGAGCGUGAGUGCAGAGCAGAGCUCAUGGAAUAAAGUGGAAAGUGGAGAUAAAGGUGUUGAUGCUAAGUGCAAAAAUGAUGUAGAUGCCUGGAACAAGGCUUUUACUAAAGUAGAAACUUCAACCAGUGGCUGGCCAGCACCCGUUCAGAAAACAGGACAAACCUGGUGUUCAAAUGGUGACGGCGAUGGCUCGGAUAGUGCAGCUCAUACUGCUGUUGAAGGUGUUAGUGAUGCUGUUGGAUGGAGCAAAGCUAAGCUCUCUACCCCUGAUUCUGGACAAGGCCGGACCAUAGGUGAAGAUAGUUGGAACAAAGCAGCAUCCAAGCCCCCCAUAUUAAGCGAUACUGAAACUAGUGGAUGGGAACAGACUAAACUUCCUGGUUCAGAUGCUGGUGGAAGCUGGAAUACGAAUGGUGCCGCUGCUGACCGGAAGAAAGACAGUAGUGGAAAGGACAGAGCAGACGGUUUUGGCGGGCAAUCAGGUAAUUGGGCUUCUCCAAAGAAUGUUGGAGGUGAUAAUCAAGAUUCAUGGAGCAUCAAUGGAAAAGGUUUUCUUGGAAAUAAUGAGGAUGGCUGGGGUAAAUCUGCUGCCUCUCAAGAGAUAAAACUAGUUGCUAAGAGUACAUGGGAAACCUCUUUCAAUAGCUCAGUGCAAAGUAAAACAUGGAAAACCCCAUCCGCAGAUGAGAAUCAAGCUUCUGAUUGGGGUGCGUCUUCACUCGAACAAUCAAGUCAAACAAGCGGUUGGGACAAAGAAAAAGAAGGUUGGCAGAAAUCUAAACAAGCAGAUGCAACUGCAAAAGAAGGUUGGAAGAAAGAUGGAUUCUCUAGUGAAGGUCAAAUAGACAGAUGGAAUAAAGAGAAAUCAUCUGACAGGGAUCAGGCAUCUGACUGGAACAAGGCAGGAAAUGCAGGUGGUGGAAAAGAUGUAUUGACAGAUAGCUGGGACAAAGCAAAGAGUUCUGAAGGAAGUGUUUUUGGUCAAGAUAGUCAAGGACAUUGGAAGGCAGGAGAUGGUUGGCAUAAUGACCAUCAUGAUCCUAACGUUGGCAAAUCAAAAGAUUCUGAUUCGGGUCAAGGGUCAGGUUGGUCACAAGGGCAUUUCAAUCAUGAAAGUGGUAAUAAUUGGGCUCAACAGAGGGAUUUUGAUGGAGGAAGAGGAUCUAGCAGGGGUAGAGGAAGGGGCAGAUAUGGCGGGAGGGGAGGUAGAAAUGAAGAUAAUUUCGAGAAACCAGGUGACUCUGAUGGGAGCUGGAGAUUUGGUAGGGGUAGAGGCGGUGGUCGAAAUGGAGCUGGUGGUUACAGUAGAGAGAACUCUGAUACGAGGGAGUUUGGUCGAGGUAGAGGGCGCGGUCAAGGUCGAGGCCGAGGGCAAGGUGGUCAGGGGCAAUUUGAAUCAUCUGAUUGGAGAAACAGACAAGAAAGAUUUGAAGGAGGGUUUUCUAAUAAGCCUUCUAGUUGGGGCAAUACCGACGGGUGUAAAUCAACAGACGAACAUUCAGCUGCAGGAAUGGAUGAAAAGGUUGGUUGGAACAGCGGGAACUCAUAUGGUGGUGGUAGUAAACCUGGCUGGGGAACUGAUCGUGGAAUUACAAAUGACACCAAUGUGGAUAAUGCUUCCAGCUGGAGCAAAGAUGCAGACACUGGUAAACAGAUAGAUAACUGGAGCAAGUUAACUAGAAGUAAUGAUAAUUGGAACACUCCUAAAACCUUUGAUACUAAACCUUCUAGCUGGAACCAGACAAUCAAUGAUACUGCUACAGGUGAUGCCACUUCAAGUCAAUUAACUGAUUGGAAAAAGAACACACCAAAUUCUCAAGAUGUUUCAUUUGUGGAUUGGGCUCAUGGCCUUUCUGUAACCAAAGGUACUACAAAUGAUGACAAAUGGACUAGUGCAAAAUCCAGCACUGGCGACCAUGGUGAUACAUUAUCAGGGAAUUUAAACUCAAAUAAUUGGCGCGAAACAGCUACGCUGAACAAAGAAAAUGAAGCUGGUGACAGUCAAGGUGGUUGGACUAGUAAGAAAGUAGACACUCAGGCAAGCCAAACAUCUUCUGAGAGUGAAAACAACUGGGGGAAAUUUAAGGAACCUUGCUCUUUUAGCACAGCUGAUGGCUCUGGGAGUUCAAAAGAUUGGGGUAAUAAGAACUUGGCCAGCUUGGAUUCACGUUCUAGCCAUGGUAAUUGGGAUGCAAAGGAUUCUUCUGGCGACCAGUCAUCUGAUUGGAACAAUGGCGGGGGAAACAAAUGGAGCAAGCAAAGCGGAGGUCAGGGUAAGUCGGAAAGUUGGAGUCGUGGGUCAGAUUUUGGUAGGGGUGGUGGAAGAGGGAGGGAUAACUCAUUUUCUAGAGGUCGUGGUCUCGGAAGGAAUUCCGGUGGACGCCGUUCUUAUGGUUGGAACAGUAGUGAUGACUCUGGUAAAGAAGGUAAUGAUGGGGGUCAAGCAUUUAAAACUGGGGGGACCUGGAGCAGGGGACAUGGCACCUUUGAAGGUGAGAAGGACAGUUGGAAUAGUGGAGGGAAUGCUGAAAAGGGCUCAUGGGGCAGUUGGAAAUCCGGCGAAAAUCAAUCGACUGGUCAAGUGCAGGGCUCUGGGUGGGCAUCUUCAGCUUCUUCGUCUGUUAACAUGGUUGAGAGCUCUUCCGCCGACGCCUCCCAGAAUCCGGGGAGUUCAAAAGAUUGGCCUGAUAACAGCAACUCAGCCGACUGUAAUCUGCGUUCUAGUCCAUGGGGUUCCAAGCAAGAACCAACUUCUACUCAAGGUAAUUGGGGCGGAAACGAUUCUUCUGGCAAUCAGGCAUCUGAUUCGAACAAUGAUGGGGGGAACAAAUGGAACAAGCAAAAUGAAAGCCAAGGUAAGUCGGAAAGUUGGAGUCGUGGUUCUUUUGGUAGGGGUGGUGGAAGAGGGAGGGAUAACUCAUUCUCUAGUAGAGGUCGACAUUUCGGGCAAAAUUAUGGCGGCCGAGGUGCUAGUAAAGAAGGUAAUGAUGGUCGGCAAGCAUUUAACUCGAACCCUGAAUUCAAAACUGGGGGGAGCUGGAACAGGGGAAAUGGCACCUUUGAAGCUGAAAAGGGCGGUUGGAAUAGCGGAGGGAAUACCGAAAAGGCUUCGUGGGGCAGCUUGAAAUCUGAAGCUGGUCGAGCCAAGCCCGGGUCAGAAGCUGACUGCAGCAAAAGCAGUUGGGAUUCACCAACUGCUAUUGGCAGCAAUAUUGCAUCUGGUUGGGAAUCUGCUUCAGCGAAAGAUCUGGUAACUCAGCAGAAGAACAAUCCUUGGGGUUCUGCAAAUGUCAAUGAGAAAUCUACAUGGGACUCUGGAUGUUCAGAUGAAAAGCAGAAGAAUCCUUUAUCUGAAACUGGUCAUGUUGGAUCUUGGGACACGAAAAGUGCGCCCAGCGAGGAUGAAAAUUCAAACAAACCAAGAUCCUGGAAUGUGAAAGGAUCAGGUUCUGAAGGGUCUCUCCCAGUUCAAGCAGAAGCUCCGAAAUGGCCUACAGAUUCUUCCAGUAAGGAUGCUUUCCAGCAAGGCGGACAAGAGAGAAAUUGCUGGGGGAAAGCAGACAAUUCUGGCAAUGGAGGAGCAAAUUCAGGCUGGUAAUGGGCUUUACGCGCAUGCAGAAAAGUCUUUGUAAAUAUGGUAAAUUUCGUCCACUUUCCAAGUUUGGUGAUCUUUUCUGCUCAUAAAUGCUUAAGACUUUUUGUUUAGUCACUCUACACCAUGAUUUUGGCUUCCUUCAUAUGUUAUUGACUGAUGUUUAUGUUCUCGGCUUUGUUCGUUAACAUGUAUGACUUAGCUUGAUGGCAUCCCUAGUUCAUAUCCGUUAUUUUA